AUGUCUUCUUCUCGUUCUAAUUCUCCUGCUCCAUCCCUCCUGCAACAACAAUUCCACACCCUCCUGCACUCACGCACAUACCCCAAGACGCUCUGCCCCUCGGAAGUCGCGCGCUCGCUGUCCCCAUCAGACCUCUCCGCGCUGGGCGUCAGUCACUGGCGCGAUCUCAUGCCGCGGCUACGCGAGAUGGCGUUCGAAGCCCGGGAUCGCGACGAGGUGGAUGUGUUGCAGCGUGGAGAGCUGGUUAGCGGGGAGAGGCGCAUGGAGGACGUUACGGGGCCGAUAAGGGUCAGGUUACGGAGGAAAACGUGA